UUACUGUGCCCUCAGAGUCUGCUGCCUGAAUCUCCCACCCAGUCUCAAAACGUCCAGCUGAGUAACAGCAAGCACGCCUUUAAGGAGUAGUGCGCAGAGAGUGUCAAAGAAGACCUCAAAGUGUGGAGAAAAAUGACCUUUCAAGGAAUAGGAAGUUUGCCUCCAGCUACAUGGUUUUGUCUUACUAACCUCUAAUGACUGAAACCUGUGGCCCUGGGCCUACAAAACGUCAACUGAUUACCAAACUCCUCAUCAUGCAUCAACUUUUCAGACUGGUCUUAGGACAAAAAGAUCUUUCACGAGCUGGAGACCUCUUCUCCUUAGAUGACUCUGAGAUUGAAGACAGCCUGACAGAAGCUUUGGAGCAAAUUAAAAUAAUUAGCUCAUCUUCAGAUUACCAAACCAAUAACAACGACCAGGCAGUGGUUGAAAUCUGUAUCACGCGAAUCACAACAGCCAUCAGAGAGACAGAGUCGAUUGAAAAGCACGCCAAGGCCCUUGUGGGGCUCUGGGACUCCUGCUUGGAACACAACCUGAGAUCCUCCGGGAAAGACGAAGACACUCCCCAUGCAAAAAUCGCUUCUGAUAUCAUGAGUUGCAUUUUACAGAAUUACAACCGGCCCCCUGUGAUGGCAUUAGCCAUCCCCAUUGCAGUGAAAUUCCUCCACAGAGGCAACAAGGAACUGUGCAGGAAUAUGUCCAACUACCUGGCCCUGGCCACGAUCACCAAGGCGGAUCUCCUGGCUGAUCACACAGAGGUUAUAGUAAAGAGCAUACUCCAAGGUAAUGCCAUGUUGUUGAGGGUAUUACCUGCUGUGUAUGAAAAGCAGCCUCUGCCAAUUAACAGACACCUGACAGAACUCCUGGCCUUGAUGUCUCAGCUGGAACAGCCAGAACAGUACCAUCUUCUCCGGCUUUUGCACGUGGCAGCAAAGAGAAAGCAACCGGAGGUGGUUAAGAAGUGUAUUCCUUUUCUAAUUGGGCAUUUGAAGGAUUCAACCCAUAAUGAUGUCAUCUUAAACAUCCUCAUAGAGAUAGCAGGCUAUGAACCAGAGGCUUUGAACAGUUUUCUUCCAGUGCUGAAAGAGACUGGUGAGAGAUUCCCCUAUCUCAUUGGACAAAUGGCGAGAAUCUAUGGAGCCGUUGGGCAUGUAGAUGAAGAGAGAGCCAGGAGCUGUCUGCCAUUCCUGGUGAGUCAGCUGACCAGCAUGGAGCAUUCGUUUCAUCAUAUUCUCCUGCUGGAGAUUAAGAGCAUCACUGAUGCUUUCUCCUCCAUCCUGGGCCCUCAGAGCAGAGACAUCUUUCGCAUGAGCAACAGCUUCACCGCCAUUGCCAAGCUCCUUACUCGACAGCUGGAGACUGCUAAGGCCAGAAGUGGCAGGAGAAAAACCAGCGCUGAAAUCGAAUUCCCUAAGAAGCUAGGAGAAACAAAGCUCACUGGAGCUGAAAAUGAAGACCGUGAAAAGCUCCAAGUUAAAAUACAGGCUUUUGAAAACAAAAUAAAUGCAGAGAGCAAUACCCCCAGCUCUAUCAGAAGAUAUAGUUUGGGCCACGUUUCUAAGGAAGAAAGAAAAGACAUUAGAUUUAGCAGAUCGAAGAGUUUGGCGUUGCACACGGUGCUAACGAAGGGCGUGAGUCCAGAUGAGGUGGAAGUUGUCGAGAGUGGAGAUACACCAGCCAGCACCUCUCUUUCAGACAUAGACCCGCUUAGCCAAGGAAAUGACAAGUUGCCCUUUAAGGCAGACACUGAUGGAUCACAGCUAGGAAAUUCUUCAGUUUCACACCCAAGUAUUAUACAUAUACAAUCAGAGAAUUUGCCAGAAACAGUUAAAGAAAACUACCAGGAAGAAACUCCAGAGGCAACCACUAGUCCUGUAGAAUACCAAGAUAAGCUCUACUUGCACUUAAAGGAAAACCUCAGUAAAGUGAAAGCAUAUGCUGUGGAAAUCGGAAAGAAGAUUCCAGUCCCUGAUCAGUGUACCAUUGAAGAUUCUGUUAGAAGUUGUGUAGCAAAAUUGUUCUUCACCUGCUCCCUGAAGGGUCAUUACUGUCUAUACAGCAAAUCAAGUUUCAUUCUCAUCAGCCAAGAACCUCAGCCAUGGAUCCAGAUCAUGCUUCUAUUUCAGCAGAGCCUGUUUCCUGAGCCCCUGUCCAUACAGAGUCGUUCUGUGCAAUUUCUCAGGGCUCUGUGGGAGAAGACCCAGGCAGAGGGUGCUCACAGCUUUGAAACAGCCAUAGUGGAGUCCACAUUUCCACAGCAGAAGGAUCUGGACCAGGUACAGCUCCAUCUGGAAGAAGUGAGGUUCUUUGACGUGUUUGGCUUCAGCGAAGCAGCAGGAGCGUGGCAAUGCUUCAUGUGCAACAACCCUGAAAGAGCCACCGUUAUAAAUCAAGAUGGCCAGCCUCUCAUAGAAGGAAAACUUAAAGAGAAGCAAGUCAGAUGGAAGUUCAUCAAAAGGUGGAAAACCCGUUAUUUUACACUGGCUGGAAAUCAACUUUUGUUUCAAAAAGGAAAGUCUAAAGACGAUCCUGAUGACUCCCCAAUAGAACUCAGCAAAGUACAGAGUGUGAAGGUUGUGGCCAGGAAACGCAGGGACCGCUCUCUCCCUCGGGCUUUUGAAAUCUUCACAGAAAAUAAAACCUACGUUUUCAAGGCCAAGGAUGAGAAGAAUGCAGAAGAGUGGCUCCAGUGCAUCAAUGUGGCAGUUGCCCAAGCAAAAGAGAGGGAAAGUAGGGAAGUAACCACAUAUCUGUAGGGAUUUGCAAGCCGA